GGCACAGUCUGGCGCUCUCCUCUCUCCUCAUCGCGCAGCUUUUCUAACCCUACUCCUCAAACCCUGAAGUGUCCGGACCAACAACUGCAACAUUCCCGAGGACAACUUUCUAUAGCCUACUGCUCAUGAACAUAUCAUUCCUACAGACCAGAAGAAACAUUUGGAGAACACCUGGACGCCGUAACUUCCUGGUUACAUAACUUUCUUGCACUUCAACGACUCCUUUACAUUCCAAAGACUUUGGCCUCGGACCUACAUCGUUUUUUGUCUUUUCAAAUCAAAUAUUUUGUUCCUUAUUUUAUUAUUGUGAAUAGACCAAUCAAGCAGGAGGCAGUAGCUAAUUUUUAUUUUUUGCACAACCUAGAAAAAGUCCCGACAGCGUUUUCUCUACGUGUAGUCUUAAACUAAGUAACAAAACAGUCAACAAUGGCGGGUUUGAACUCUCUGGAUGCUGUCAAGAGGAAGAUUCAGUGUUUGCAGCAGCAGGCCGACGACGCAGAGGACCGGGCUCAGGUCCUACAGAGAGAGCUGGACAGUGAACGGGAGCUCCGAGAUAAAGCGGAGGGCGAUGUAGCCGGUUUGAACCGUAGGAUCCAGCUGGUGGAGGAGGAGUUGGACCGAGCCCAGGAGAGGCUGGCCACGGCACUGCAGAAACUAGAGGAGGCUGAGAAGGCCGCAGAUGAGAGCGAGAGAGGGAUGAAGGUGAUCGAGAACCGAGCGAUGAAGGACGAGGAGAAGAUGGAGAUUCAAGAGAUGCAGCUGAAGGAGGCUAAACACAUUGCUGAGGAGGCCGACCGUAAAUACGAGGAGGUGGCCCGUAAACUGGUGAUCCUGGAGGGAGAGCUGGAGAGAGCUGAGGAGAGGGCCGAGCUCUCAGAAUGUAAAGCCGGGGACCUGGAGGAGGAGCUGAAAAAUGUGACCAACAACCUGAAGUCCUUAGAAGCCCAGUCUGAGAAGUACUCAGAAAAAGAAGACAAGUACGAGGAGGAGAUCAAAGUUCUAACUGACAAACUGAAGGAGGCUGAAACCCGCGCAGAGUUUGCAGAGAGGACAGUGGCCAAACUGGAAAAGUCCAUUGAUGACCUGGAAGAGAAAUUAUCACAAGCCAAAGAGGAGAAUCUCGGCAUGCAUCAAGUCCUGGACCAGACCCUGCAGGAACUCAACAGCUUAUAAACACACAGAGAGGAAGCUGGAGAGGAUGAGAUUGUCAUGUAAUGUUUCUUUAAUGUUCGACUCCAUUCCACAUUUCGAGCUGUAAAAUCUUUAUUCCCCAUGUGAAGGGGGAUUAACUUAAUGCUUGUCCCUAGUUGUUUUUGUUCCAUUUUGCCCCCAUUCUUCUUUUUUUUUAUCUCCACCUCUGAUUACAGAAUCCCCCUCAGAAAAGAGUUUUGACCACUUAUGAACUGGCAACUGAAACACCUUAAGAAACCUCAGAUCUGGUCACUGAACCACUUAAACUUGCUCAAUUUUACAUUGGAUGUGCACAUACAUUAAGCCUGUGUCUAUUUUAACACAUAUGCUACAGAUGGAGUUGGGUUUAGCUCAGUCUACAUUGGUAUGGCUCUGAAGUGCCACCCAGUGGUGAUAUGAAGUUAGUCAACAGUCUUUUUUUUCAGAUCAUGCUUUACCACCUAAAAGCCACAAGACAAUAGACAUUUUGCUUAUGUGUGCUUGUCUUUAGCAGUAUCUUCCCAAAUCUGUUAAACAGCACAGUGGUCAAAUGGACAGGUGGCCUUCUGGAAAGGUGUCCUUGAUAAAUAAACAGAUCAACAAACAUGCUGCUCAGGCACUCUAGGUGUCCUGCCUCUUAUGCCAAUCCCCAAUUAUUCUAAGGCCUACAUGUUAAAGACCCACAUUUAUGCAUUUGUAUGCAUCAAAGGUUUUUCUACUCUAUUUUAAUGUGGGGAUCUGUGAGCUGUGCAUGUACAGUAUCUAGCAGUGACAUGUAUUUCUAAGCUGUACUGCCUUUCCCUAAGCUUGACCUGACCGUUGACACAUUCUUCAUUAUUGCCAUGCCAUAAUGUAGCCAAUAUUUACUAGAUUUACAAUACAUUGUUUUACAUAAGCGAGCUGAACCCCAAACCACUGGAAGCUCAAUUUAUAUCAACCAUGGAAACCUAUUGUAUAUAGUAGAAUAAUGUUAGGUAUUUGAGAAAUUGUAUUGCAUUGAUUAUUUUUGGAUCUGUUUAAUUUACAUCACUUCCUUUUUUUUUGCUAGGGGAAUUCUCAAGACCAAAGAACACAUAACACAGACAAUAAAUUC